AUGGAGGGACUCAAAUUAUGUUGGGAGUUAGGAUUCAAGAAAGUGGAGGUCGAAAGUGAUGAUGCGACUCUAAUAACAGAGCUGCACCGGAACGGAAGGAUCUCGGGGUACUACCUCAUCUCGAGCAUGAUUGAAGAACUUAUCAUGAGAGACUGGGAGAUCAAGUUUAUGUAUGUAGAGAGAGAAGGGAACCAAGUUGCAGACCUGUUAGCUAACUUAAGCAGCAAGCUGGCGUGUAAGAAAUAUGUUUGGAUCCAGCCACCUGUCGAAGUAACUGAAGUGUUGGAUAGGGAUGCAUUAGGAAUAGGGACUUUUAGACACGUGUAA